CCAUCAAACCACCCAAAACAUGCCAAAAAACCAAAUUUUGAGAGGCAGACGCAAAAUGCAGAUGUUGAAGGUUCACCAAAGGGUGAUCGGAUGCUCGUGGUGGACAGUGAUACAGAUGUGGAGGAGGACACUUCCAAUCCAGCUGUUGGAUGUCCAGAAAGCCACAGAACAGCCCCCACAGACCCGGGGGUGAAGACAGAGACGACAAAUCGAGAUGUUGAAGGCCGACGGACUCUCCUGGUGGAGAGCGAUACAGAUGUGGAAGAGGACACUUCCAAUCCAGAUGUUGGGACUCCAAAAAUCCAUCGAGCAACCCAAAAUGUACCAAGAAACCCACAUGUGGAGACGGAGAGCCCAAAUCCGCACGCUGAAGGACCCCAAAACAAACAUUGGGCACUUGUGGUGGACAGCGAUACAGAUGUGGAGGAGAAUGAGGUGAAUCCAGAUGUUGGGUGUCCAAAAAACCAUAGAAUGACCCACAAAGACCCCGAUGUGGAGAUGAAAAAAACAAAUCCAGAUGUUGAAGAACCCCAAAAUGAACGUUGGAACCUAGAGGUGGACAGUGACACCGAUGUGGAAGAAGAAGACGUGAGUCAAGGUGUUCUUCGCCCAAAAAGCCACGAAACACCCCAAAACACCCGGAAGGACCCAACUGUGGUGAUGGAGACCCCGAAUCCAGAUGUUGGUGGCCUCAGCCAUGGCUCAGUGGCCUCGAGUGGUGACAGCGAUACAGAUGUGGAGGACCUCAACACCGUUGCCAACACUGGAGCUCCAAAAACACGUGGGGCAACCCAUGAGGUCCUGGAUACAGUUGCGAAGAUGGCCGCUGCUCCAGAUGUUGACCCCGAGGGGCAGACGCGGACCAGUGACCAUCCAGAUGUGAAGGUGACGAUCCCAAAUCCAGAUGUUGGAGCUCCCAAAGCCCAAUGCCCAGUCCUGAAUGUGGACAGUGAUACAGAUGUUGAGGACACUGGUGUCGUUCCAGAUGUUGGGGCGCGCAAGGGUGUCACGGGCAUCUGGUGACCCAGAUGUGGUGGCGACGCCCCCAAAUCCAGAUGUUCCCCUCCCACGAGCCCCCGGAAUAGCAGCAACACCGACGUGGAGGAGGUAGCCCCCACUCCAGAUGUUCGGGGCUUCCGGAGCCGAAUCCGGUUCCAAAAUCACCCCCCUCCAGAUGUUGUGGGCCCCGUGGCAGGCGGCGAUACCGAUGUGGAAGAGACGGACCCAAAACGCCGGAAAUUGCCCCCAAAAAGGCAGGGUUUUGCCCCAAAACCUGCAUGUGACCCAGGUGUGGAAGGGCUGACCCCAAAACAUCACGAUUUAGCCCCAAACACAGACGUGGAGGCCCCGAAUCCAGAUAUCGGGGCCCAGCGACGCAACGGGGAGACCCCGGUGCGGGGUGAGGAUCCAGCUGUGCCGCCGUGUUCUGCCCCCAAAUCCCCACGUCUGGACCCAAAUUUGGGGGUCACCGCCGACGCUGAUGGUGGAACCAGGAGUACCGGGACCGCUCUCGGCGGGAACACGGGCACGGCGGUGACGGAGAGCGACACCGACGGUAAGCGGGACCCCGACCUCUUCUUGGAGCCCACCCAGAGCUUCUUGCCACCGGCAACCGAGGGUGCAGCCCCGAGUUGGGACCCCGAGGAGCCCACCCAACCCUUCUACCCCCCGAGGAGGAGGAGGAGGAGGAGGAAGAAGAAGAAGAGCAGCCCCCCCCGCAGCCCCCUCAGGACCCCCGGAUGCCUGGGUCCCCCCGGCGGAGCUGGUGACGGUGACACCGCUCAGGGUGGGGCAGGGACCGGAGCCACGCCCGGCGAGGAGGUCGGGGAGGGGCCCCGCCGCAGCCAGCGCCUGGCCAGGAGCCGAGGGGGUGGAGCCACAGGGGGUGGAGCUUCUGGAGAGGGCAGAGCCAGCAGGGUUAGGGGCGGAGCGUCCCCCGUCACCGCCCCUGUGCGGCGCAGCCCCCGCCUCCAGGCCUGCCCCCCUCCACCGGAGCUGCCAGCCACGAGGGGGCGGGGUCAGGUGGAGCCCCGCCCCCCAGCCAAACCACGCCCCUGUCGGGCAGGUCCUGCCCCAUCACAGAGGAAAGCUCAGGAAGAGAAGGAGCCACCAGAGGUCACCCGGCCCCAGCUCCACCCCCGGGGGGGGGCUGACUCCGCCCCCCCCAAGGUGCUGUUCACGGGGGUGGUGGCCUCCCCGGGGAUGGAGGUGGCCCUGAGGACGCUGGGAGGGUCCAUGGCCACCUCCGUCUUCGACUGCACCCACCUGGUGACCGACCGCGUCCGACGCACGGUCAAGUUCCUCUGCGCGGUGGCCCGCGGCGUCCCCAUCGUCACCCCCGAGUGGCUCCACAAGAGCGCCCGCAGCGGCCGCGUCCUGGUGCCGGGUCCCUUCCUGGUGCGUGACAGCCAGCAGGAACGUCACUUCGGCUUCAGCCUGGCCCAGGCCUUGCGCCGCGCCCGCCGCCACCCCCUGCUCCAGGGCUACGAGGUCCACGUCACCCCCAACGUCCGCCCCGAGCCCGAGCACAUGAGGGACAUCGUCACCUGCAGUGGUGGCACCUUCCUGCCCACCAUGCCCCACACCUACGGGCCGCGGCGGCUGGUGAUCUCGUGCGAGGCGGACUCGGGGUGCUGGGCCCCGGCGCUGGGCGCCCGCCUGCCCCUGGCCUCGGCCGAGCUGCUGCUGACGGGGCUCCUACGCCAGCGCCUUCAGCUCCAGCCCUUCCUCCCUCCUCCCUCCCCUCCCCGGCAACCCCCCUUCUUCCCACGGGACCCCCCCAAACACCUCAAAGGUUCCUAUAACCCCUCGGGGGGUUCCUCGUCACCCCCCCAAGGAUGGCCGGCAGCCUCCCGGCACUCCUGGGUCCCCUCGGGGAUCCGGGGAGGUGCCGGUACGUGGGCGGAACCGACGACCCCCCGGGACCCCCCCGGCACCCGGCAGCACCCGGCACCCCCCCCCACCCGCCAAUAAAGUUAAGUUUUG